AUGCAAAAUGCUCAAAUAAAGAGCUCUUCUAAAGGCAGCGGAAUAGAUGGUACAGAUCGCAAUAGCAAAGAUGGUGUAGAAAAGAGACCCCUGGAAGAUGUAAAGCAAAUGAUUGACGCUGGAACACCAGAUGUUGGCCACAAAUCUACUGUUGAAACUAAGCCAAACGUUGGAUGGCAAGCCUCUCACAGUAAUUUGGCUGCAUUACACGAAAAAGAGCAGAAAUAUGAAAUGGAGCACCAUCAUGCUCGUCAUAAACUGCAUCGUCAAGUUAUUCCGGAUUACACGUCUGCCUCGACCGCAAUGUUCAGCGAUUGUAUGUUCAACGCAGCACCAGAUAAAGUACGAAGUCUCAGUACGAUGAAGUCUUCUGGACUCUCGCCAAAACACCCAUUUAACGUAGUCGCCACCUUUAAAGGACCAUUCCCGCAGCAUAGUGUAGAAUCAAAGCCUCUCGAUGGUGGAUACUCUGCCAAAGACCAUUUUCCCUCAUUUAAGAUGUUGCAAGCCCAGCAGCACCCAGCCCAUCGCCAUUACAAAGACAACGACAAGUACGGUCUUAAAUCACCUUCCCGGUCCUUCGUGAAGGACAAGAAAAGGUUGGUUCACCGGUUUUUGAAAUCCAUGGAGCCUUCUUCGUCUGGGCAAUCUAAGGAUUCGUCUGCACUGGCGCCGGCUUUCGAUCCAAUAUUGCCCAAUGUUAUAUCUAAGCCUUCCAAGCGACCCACACAUCAUUCGCAUUCAUCAGACGGGAGUUCUAGCACGCAGACAGAUAUAUCGUUACAGAGCUUGCUUUACCAUGAUCUUGAAAGCUCACCAAAGAAACAUGUUUCGCCCUCAAGACCGCCCUCUGUAGCUUCCGAAUCCUCUCCUGCCGUUGCUAAUCCCAUUGGGCUUUCGCCAAAAGACGCCUGCAAUGCAUCGUUUUCGCAGUCGUCCUCAUCUUCGUUGUCUUCUUCUUCAUCGUCUUCAUCAUCGACGUCAUUCUCACAGUCAGUGGCUGUUGAUCCUCUUGAACCUCCUGGAAAUAUCACAUAUAGUAGUUCGAAUCUUUCGCUAAAUUCAGAUGAAUUAGACUACUAUCAGCGUCAUAUCGGAUUGCAGUUACAGCAGACAGAAGCUUUACUAAAGCACAGUUUGAAAGAUGAGGUUCUGAAAGAUGAAAAUGACCUUGUUAAAAACAUUGCAAAUUUUGACAAGAUCGUUAAAGAGCUAAGGGACUUAAGAUCCAGGACCAUUGGAUGGAAAGAGCUUGUUGAAGAGGAUUAUUUAAUGAAUUUGAAACAGGAUUUUGACAAGGAAAACCCCGAAUCAUUUGAGGCACGUUUGAGUGAUACAAUAAAUACAAACGUGGCAAAAUUACAAGAUUUAGAGAAAAGAAUGGCUUCUUGCAAAGACAGGUUGGCCUCUAGGAAGGAAGUAAUGAGGAAAAUGGAAAGUUUAUUGUCUUUGGAGAAUUCCUUAAUGAUAUCCAAAAAAAAUGUAACAUUCGCAUCUAAAUACCGCAACGAGGCCCUUGAUAUUGUCUUUUUAAUUAUCAUCAUCGUCAUAUGCUAUACCUUCAAGCAUCUAGUAUCGCAUAAAUAA